AUGUUGGUUCCACCUCCUCAAUUCGAAGAUCGUGAUGAACGAGAACUGCUGUUAUGUGGUCCCGGCCCCAGCAACAUAUUACCCUCAGUCCGAAAGGAUUUGACGAAACCAGUACUCUCUCCGAUUUGUGAUGAUUAUUUUAAUAUAAUGUCAGAUAUUAGAACUGGUCUCAAGUAUGCAUUUCAAACGAAGUCGGAACUCAUCCUCGCCAUAAGUGGUUCGGGGCACAGUGGCAUGGAGACAAUAAUAACGAACCUCCUUGGUCCAAACGAUACCCUUUUGAUCGCUAAAAGAGGUAUUUGGGACUUGAGGGCGGAAACAAUCGCUUACAAACAUGGAAUCCCUACGCAUAUUACCGAAGUUCCCUUCAACGCAACAUUUAGUUUCGAGCAAUUAGAAGCAGCAUUGAAGAAUUAUCGUCCAACAGCGCUUUUCAUCACUCAUGGAGAUUCUUCUACGGGCACCAUUCAGAGACUGGAGGGCCUUGGUGAUAUUUGUCAUAAAUACGGAACUCUUUUGCUGGUAGACACUGUGGUGUCACUGGGUGCUGUACCAUUUUUGAUGGAUGAAUGGGGAGUAGACGCAGUGUAUACGUCAACACAAAAAGCUCUGAGUGGACCUGCAGGUAUCACCCCUGUGGCAUUCAGCGAACUAGCACAACAAAAGAUUAACAGACGCACACACGAGCCAGCAUUCUACUUCGACGUUACAUUAAUUGCGAAACAAUGGAAUUGCUUCGAGAAGAGUAAAAAUUACCAUCACACUUUAAGCCCUCCACUAAUAUGGGCAUUGCGCCGUUGCCUUAUUGAGCUUUCAAAUGAAACAUUGCCAAAAGCUUGGUCACGUCAUGCUCAAACAACCGCUUUAUUUCACAAAAUGCUAACCCACUAUGGAUUUGAAUUUCUCAUACCAAAACCUGAAGAUAGACUUGCUACAGUUACUACAGUCAAAGUGCCGAAAGGCUGUGUUGACCAGGAUUUUAUGAAUCAUAUUAGAUACAAACAUGGUAUCGUUAUCUUCGGGGGCUUGGGACCAACAGUAGGAAAGGCACUACGAAUUGGGAUAAUGGGAGUCAACUCCAAUGAGGAUGUCGUUACUAAGGUUGUCCAAGCUAUGGUUGAUGCGACACGGACUGUCGUGAAGAGCAAAAUUUAA